UGCGACACUGCGGAUUAGAGCCUUGGGUUGGUUUGGAGGAGAGUGUGGCCAGGAAUUAAAAAGGGAAAAGGGAAGCAAGAAGAAAAGCAGACAUGAACUAGGGAGAGAAGGUAAAUACUGCAAGUAUUAGAAAUGCGAAAGGAAACUCCUCCUGAGUAUCUGUCUGACAGCCAGAAGAGUCGGGACAAGCUGUUCCCCAGCGCCAGGAUCUUGGCAUAGUUUUUGAGACCAUAACUCCAAAGUCCAAUUCCUGAAAGAUUUCCCGAAAGAAAGGAAGAGCUGCUUUUUCCAGAUGUGGUACCUUAUCUUCUUCUGUCUUCCUGCCUGGGCUGAUGCAGCCUCCAUGUAUGGUGAGAUCUUGUCACCCAAUUAUCCUCAGGUGUAUCCCAAUGAUGUGCAGGAAUCUUGGGAUAUCCAGGUCCCUUCAGGAUUUGGCAUUCGCCUUUAUUUCACACAUAUGGAUCUUGAACCAUCACAGAACUGCGAAUAUGACUUUGUGAAGGUCCUGUCUGGUGGCCAGCUUGAAGGUGUGCUUUGUGGGCAGAAGAAACCUCGUGCACCCGGCUCCUCGAUUGUGGAGGAAUUUUAUACCCCUUAUAACACGCUCACUAUGAGCUUCCAGUCAGACUUUUCCAAUGAGGAGCGUUUCACUGGUUUCGCAGCCUACUAUGUUGCAGUGGACUUGGAUGAGUGCACAGAUUUUGUGGAGGAACCUUGCAGUCAUUACUGUAAUAAUUAUAUUGGAGGUUACUUCUGUACUUGUCCACCAGACUAUUUCCUCUAUGAGGAUAAGAAAACAUGUGGAGUGAACUGCAGUGGAAAUGUCUUCACUGAGCUAUCAGGGGAGAUUGCCAGUCCCAACUAUCCCAACCAGUACCCAGAGAACUCACGGUGUGAGUACCAGGUGGCUCUGAGGCCAGGGUACUUUGUGGCAUUGACCAUACGCAGCGGGGACUUUGAUGUGGAGCCAGCUGACUCAGAAGGGACUUGCCAUGACAGCUUAACGCUUGUCUCUGGAAAGCAGCUUUUUGGUCCCUAUUGUGGCAGCAAAUUCCCAGGCCCUCCUGAAAUCAAAACUAGGAACAACAUUCUUGACAUAACCUUCCAGUCAGACCACGCAGUACAGCACAAAGGCUGGAAAAUACGCUACUAUGCGGAUCCUGUAAGCUGUCCCCAGAGUGUCAUCCCCAACUCCAUUCUUGACCCAAAGAAGGACAGAUAUAUCUUCAAGGACAAUGUGAAGGUGACCUGUGUAGAAGGCUAUGAAAUUGUGAGGAAAAGAGACAGCAUCAAGACUUUUCACUCAAGCUGUCAGGACAAUGGGGAAUGGAGCAACUCCCAUUUCAGCUGUGUUCCUGUAAACUGUGGUGAUCCCACUCCUAUUGAUAAUGCCCAAGCUGUAUACAUCUCUGAACUUCAUGAGCCUCUAUACGAAGCUGCUUUCCGCUAUCAGUGUGAUGCACCUUACUAUACACUAAAAAUCCAAGGGGAUGGGGUGUAUCAGUGCUCAGCCAGCGGAGAAUGGGUAAACAAAGAGAUGGGAUCGAAGCUACCAAAAUGUGUCCCAGUCUGUGGGGUGCCCAGUAAUCCCAUUGAAGAGAAAGCAAGGAUUUUUGGAGGCACUCUUGCAGAAAAGGGCAACUUUCCCUGGCAGGUGUAUUUUCAUUACCCAAGAGGAGGUGGCGUGCUCAUCUCUGAGAGAUGGGUAAUGACUGCAGCUCAUGUGCUGGACGGUUAUGACAAGCCCACCAUGUAUGCUGGGGUAAUAAAUGUUGGUGGAGAAUCUCUGUACCGGGAGGCCAAGCAACUGAUCGCAGAGGCUUCAUUCAUCCAUCCUGAUUGGAAGAAGCAGCCCUUAGAACACAGGACUGAUUUUGAUAAUGAUAUUGCUCUGCUGAAGCUGAGGGAUCCUGUGAAGAUGGGCCCAAACAUCUCACCCCUCUGUCUUCCUGGUAAAUCACCUGAGUAUGAGCUGCAAGAAGGGACUCUGGGCUACAUUGCUGGCUGGGGUCAAAGAGAAAGAGGAAGACUGCCCGUUUAUCUUUGGAAGGCCCAGAUUCCUGUGGUGGACAUGGAUAAGUGCCGAUCUGUGAAACCAGAGGGCUCUGCUGAUUCCAGUGCGUACCGAUUCACUGACAAUAUGAUCUGUGCUGGUGGUGACAAGGACAGCUGUAAGGGGGAUAGCGGUGGAGCCUAUGCUAUCCAAGAUCCUCUUAAUGACACACAGUACUAUGUGGCCGGGCUGAUCUCCUGGGGACCAAGAUGUGGUACCUUUGGUCUCUACACCAAGGUAGUGCGUUAUUUGGACUGGAUUACAGAGACCAUGAGCAAGCAUGAGGAUACAGACACCUGGCAGGAUUAGCUCUCUCCUUUCAGCACAGUCACCAUUUCUAAACAUGAUGAUGUUCAGGCUGGCUGUCUCUCCAUAUGUGACAAGCCUACUCAUUGUAUGUGCUGAGUGGUCAGGGAUAUGUAUCUCUUUUUCCCACUGUCAUUGUGCCUGGGAAGGGAAACACUUUUUGUUCCACUCACAGCAGUGUAAGAGGAAGAUGCUAUUUGAAGCAAAAAGGCUCCUUCUGCUUACUCUCAUUCUUUUCUGUGCCAUUUUGUCACACUUGGAGAAUAUGUAUCCAUUAUCGCCACCUGACAUGAAGAUUUCAGUGAAGACAAGAGAGAAUAACUGUUGCUUCCCAGAGUAGGUUCAGAGCCUGAUUUCUGAUUUAUGUAUUUCCUGUAUUGUUCAGAAUAGUUAACAGCAUUAAAGAAUGUCCAAACUGCCUUACAUGCAAUGUUCUAUUAUGUGUGUAUUACCCUUGUUCUCAGACUAGACCUGAUUCUCCUUGAAACUCCCUAAAUCGUGUCUAGUCACAUUUUGACGCAUUAUGCAGCCAGCUUUUGUCAAGCUGUAACUUGUGCUACCUCAUCUCUUUACCCAAGAGUCUCUAUGAAGUUCUUUUGAGAUGGUUGCUUCUCGCUGACCAACCAUUACCAUCAAUGAGGGCUUCAGACUUCUCGAUCAAGCUGAGCAGAUGAGACAUCUUCAAAAUCCUUUC